AGAGUAUAUCCAAUAGCAAUAUGAACAUCUUACAAGCUUUCUUUCUGAUCUGCCUGGGCGUCAUCUUCGGAAGCGUUGAUGCUCAAAUUCCCACCCGACAGGAAUCAUCCAGGGACAGGGCCUGUGGUGCAGGUCGCUACUACAGUGAAGCUCGUCAUACCUGCUUGCCCUUCUAAGGUUCUUUCCCAAAUUCAACGGAAAAUAUUAAGAUCUUAUUAAAUAAAGCCGAAAUGAAAAAUUACAUCAAUGAAAGUUAAGAAUGUAUUCAAGAAAAUAUAGUAAAGAACAUAUAUAAAAGCAUA